UACGGUGUAAUCGCAGUAGAAGUUGCAAGAUGAAUCGGAUGCGCGUGGGGUUCCGUAUCUCCUCUGCCGCCGUGGCUGCGGCGGCGGAAAAGGGAGGAGUAUGGCGGAGGAGCAUGUCGACGGUGUCAAAGGCGAAAGAAAUAAUUGAAGGGAAGAAGGGCAAAAAUCGCAAAGCUACGAGCGAACUCUGCAACUACCUCGGCAUCCCUCAUCAGUCUCGUUCAGAGAUGGCGUUAACCCUCUCUAAGUUCAUGAAGCUCUACAAUGCCAGGAGUCCUGGUAUUAAGAAAGAUGAUAUCUGGGAGAAGAAUUUGAAUACGUUGUUACGUGGCAAAACUAGUAUUGGUUUUCCUGAGGUUGCUAGAAUUCUGUCUCCAGAAUUUGGCCAGCAGGGUGGAAUCAGCACCAAGGACAGUAACAUGGAUUCUCACACGGACAACACAAAGGGGAAGGGUUCAAAAAAGAAAGGGAAAUCAUCAAAGAAGUAGGUUUUCGCAUAUCGUUUUUCUGUCCUCUUACACCCCAAGUUAGAUAUUAAGAGUUGUGGUUUAUUAGUUUGCAUCACUAUCAUAAUUAGAGAAAUCCAAUGACAAAACUAGAGUUUUAACUAUUGAAACUAGUUUGGUUGUUCUAUAUGAGAAAACUAGUUUUCCCAUUAAGAGUCUUGUCCUUCGAAAUAAUAGUGUCUUUCCUGUUGCUCUUUUGGUACGUUCAUUAGUCUUAACUCUUAAGCCUGAAAGAGACGGUCUCUUGCUUAGACAUAAUUCAUACAUUGGAUAUAUUAAUAAUUUUAUUUUAUAUUUAGUAAAAUCGAUUUAAUCACAGUUCAACUUCAGUUAGAUUAUUGAAUCCUCUCUACUGAUUUGUUGACUGAUUUGGUUUAGGGUUGUGAGAGAACGCAAUU